AUGUUGGUAUUAAACUGCGGCAGCGACGUUCGCGAAGUCCAGAUCGAUUACUCGUUACCGGCUGAGAAUUCAGCUGGUCAUCCGUGCAAUGAACGCAUUAGCCCAUCUUGGGUGGCCUCUCUCGAGGACGUUUUGCUUCGCGAGGAACAUUUUAGAGUUCUUAGCAUGUCCUCCUCAUUAUAUGACCAACCCAUCGAUGCUUUACCUUAG